AUGGUAUUUUUUUAUAGCAUAUAUAGCGCACUAAUGAAGUAUAUUACGAAUAAAUUGAAUUAUUCAAGACAACAAAAAAUAUUUGUAAUUAACAACUGUUUGUUUUUUUCGUUUAUUUUGUUUUAUAUUUCUUAUUAUUUUUUUUUCAAUGGACUUAUUUACCCUGCAGUUAAGAUUGUGUUUCAUGGAAGCGUGAUAGCAAACCAAACUAUAGUAUACAAGAAUUCGAUCUUGGAAUCAAUAUGGUUGCUAUAUACAAGUGGCAGUUAUUUUAAUAUGGGCGUGUUGCUCAUAUUUUCAGUUAUAAUUCCAGUAUUGAAGUUUAUUAUGGUUAGUGACAAUUUUUAUAGUUUCUUUAAAUUAUAUAAUUUAAGUUUAAAUAUUAAUGAAAAUGAUAAAGAUGAUGCAAAAUUAAUAUAUUAUAUUAACAUUAUAAAUGAGAAUGAAGAGUUUGCUUUAAAGAAAUUUAGUAUUUUAAGUUCCAUUUCAAGAUUUCAGUUUGUAGAUGUAUUUAUAUCUUUAUUUAUUGUAUCAUCAUUAAAUUUAUAUUUAUUAGAAGCAAAAAUAUUAAUAGGGGCUUAUCAUUUUCUAAACUACUGUAUUCUAUCAACAAUAUCAUCUUAUUUAUUAUUAACAUUUAUAAAAAUCAAAAUAAAUAUAUUUAAAGAUGGAAAUAUAAGAAUCUUUUCAUCACGUGAUGAAAAUAUAGCAAAUGGAAAAAAUACAGACACCAUAAUAUAUAAUGAUAAUAAAGAAUUGAAUAACAUAUACAACAAUAAUAAUACGAAAGAGAAUCAUAAAUGGAAUAAAAAAAAUAAAAAAAAAAAAAAAAAUAGUAAGGAAAACUUCGACGGUUUAAAUAGUGAGAAUAUAAAUAAUGAGUCUGAAAAUGAAGAUAAAAUUGGAAAUAUAAAUAAUAAAUACAAAAUUGAUGGGAAUGAAAAUAAAAGUUUAGAAGAGGAUACAUCAGCUGGAAAAACAACAGGUGAUGAACAUAUGACAUCUAAUAAAGAAAAUGAAUGUGAAGAAAUAGAUUCUAUAGAUUGUGAAAAUAUUGCAGAAAAAAAUUCUUAUGAAAAUAAUAUUUUGUGUUAUAAUAAAUUACAAUCAUUAAAUAGUGUAAGUUAUUUAUAUAAAAUAAUGAAAAAUAAUGAUGCAUAUAUUUAUUUAAAAAAAAAAAAAUUUAAUUUAUUAUUAAAAACCAGUUUCCAAAAAACCCGUUAUAAUACAAUAAAAAUAGCACAUGCUUUUGUACUAUUAUUUUUAUUAUGCUUAUCUAUAUAUUUUAUAACAAUAGUAGAAACAGAUAUGUUGGGUAUAUAUAUAUAUUUAAAUUUUUUCAACUUCAACAUAGAAAGUGUGAUGAUAGAUUAUAUAGAUAUGUUAAAUAUAUUAGAAUUAAAAGUUAAUAGAAAUUAUGUUUUUCCAUUUUUUUUUAUGUUUCCAUUUAUAUUUCCUUUAAUUAUUGCUAUAUCUUUUAUUUUAAGUGUAUUUUUUAUGAAUUUAUAUUAUGUUAAUUUUUCAAUUUGGUAUAAAAAAAUUACAGAACUUAAUGAUGAAUUAGUUUUUGAUUCCGAAGUUCCAAAUAAUCAGAAAAUAACAAUUUCAGAAAGACAUAAUUAUUUAUGUAUAAAAAAAGAGAUUGAAAAAAAUGAUAAAUUAUCAAAUACAUCAGAUGAAUUAUCUUCUCAUAAUAAUUCAACAAUAACAAGUAGUAAAAGUGAAGAUAUAAAUACUGAGUUUGUUUAUAAUGGGCUUUUAAAUUUUUAUUUUUUAAUGUCAUCAUUUUUUGCUAGUCUAUGCUCAAUAUUAUUACACAUAUCAUUAGGGGAAAUCAUUUCAAUAGCUAUAUUAAUUUUUUAUCAAAUAGUUAAACAUACAUAUAAUUUAAACAUUUUAGUAUUAUAUAAAACAGAUAAAAUUCAUUUUUCCAAAUUUAUAUUAUUUAUAUCUUUUGGUUUAAUUUGUUUUUCAAUUAACAUGUAUGUAGCACAAUGGGAAAAAUUAAUAAAAAAAUUACAGAAAAUAAGAAAACAGAUUUUUCUUUUUGAAUCUAAUAGAUGUAGUGAAAUUGUUGAUUUAAAUAUUCAAAAAAAUAAAAACUGGAAUAUACCUAUUUAUACUUAUUUUUUUAAAUUUUUAAUUAAGCAAAAUCAAAAUAUUUUUAAAAAAAAAAAUAAAAUAAAUAUAUCUCAAGAUAUUAACAAUAAUAACAAUCACAUAAUUCGAACCCAAACAAGUACCACCUAUGAUUGUGAUGCAAAUCAAAAUUAUCAAAAUUGCCAAAAUUAUCAAAAUUAUCAAAAUUGCCAAAAUUAUCAAAAUUGCCAAAAUUAUCAAAAUUGCCAAAAUUAUCAAAAUUGCCAAAAUUAUCAAAAUUGCCAAAAUUAUCAAAAUUGCCAAAAUUAUCAAAAUUGUCAAACUUAUCAAAAUUAUCAAAAUACACAAUCAUCUAAUGAUGAAGAAGCUUUAAAUUAUUUAAAUUCAUCAUCCAUUUCUAAUAUUAAAAAUAAAAAAAAUAAUAAUAAAAAAAAUAAAAAUCCAAUUGAGGAUACAAAUGGAAUGCUAAACAAGUAUAAUAAUCAAAAUAAAGGAGAUAAUGAUUAUCUUAUAAAUUCUGGAAUGAGAAAAGAACAAUGUGGCCCUGUUAGUUUUUUAUUUUCCGAAGUUAAAAAGAGAAGUACCAAACUUGGUAAAACACAUCGAAUAAUUAUUGGUCAAAAUUAUGAACAAAUAAAAGAUGGGGAAGAUGAUAAUAUUAAUGAUAAAAAUGAACAUGCUCAAAUUGAAGAAGGACAUAAUUCUUUGGAAAAAUCAAACUCACAAAAUAUUCCAUAUAUUAAAAAUUUGAUUCCAAUAAAAUCUAUUUUAUUAAUACAAUUAGAAAAAUUAAAAGCAAAAAAAAAAAAAGAUAGAGGAGGAGGAUUUGGUAAUAAAUUUGGAGAAAAAUCAGAACCCAUAAAUAUUGCAAAUUUAUUUUAUUAUUUUCAUAUUAUUUUAUUUAUUUUAAUUACUAUAUCAAUAUUAAUGGGUUUUUUUAAAAAUGAGCAAGUGCUUAGAUUUAAUAUGAAUUCAGUAAAUAAAAGAUUAAAUGAUUAUUUUACAUCUCCAAAUUUUUAUGCAUUUAUACCAACAAGUAUUGGAAAAUGUAGAACCCAAAAAUAUUUAGCAAAAGAACCAUGUUAUGAAGUUGGUCGUAUAUAUCAUGAAGAAAAAACAUUUUAUCAUGCUACACUUUUAUUUUUACAAGGAAUAAGUUCAGUAAAUAUUGAUAAUAUAUAUUUUUAUUAUGAUAAAGGAAAAUAUUUUUUAACAUUUAAUGGAUAUUUUAAACAUAUUAUUGGUCCUUUAUUUUUAAAGCUUUGUAUAGGAUCUAAUUUUUGUCCUAUAAGUACAUAUGCAUAUUUAAUUGGAAAUAAACCAACAUUUUCUAUAACUAUAGAAGCAAAAUGUGAUGAUAAUUCUGCUCCAAAUUAUAUCAGUAAUUUAGUUGUUAGUGAUUUAAAAAUUACUAAAAUCGAAGUUAUAAAACAUUCAGAUAUUAUAGAAAAUGUUGAUAUUCAAUUAGAUGAUAUUCAGGAAAAGGUUCAAGAAAAAGUUAAUUCAAUGUUAGCUGAACAUCUUGAAAUUAUUAUAUGGAAAAAUAAAAAAUAUGACUUAGAAAGCUUUAUUAAUUAUUUGAUUUCUAGAAAUUCUCUUUUCGGGUUUAGUUGUGAGCCAUAUAAUUAUUAG